GGGUUGUUACCGAUCCUGAUCGAGCCCCUCAUCAUACGUCACUCCUUCCCCCGUGGUUGAUUGAGGCGAAGAAGCGUAGCAUGAAGGAGCUUGUUGAAUGCACAUAUAUCAGCUUGCAGUUUCCCUACCUAGGUCCUUAAGGAGUCCCGUUAUACCCUGCCGAAGCAACUACAGUACGAUUGAUUCAUCACCAAACCAAGUAGAUCUCCGGAUUUGCAUUUAACAAACAUCAUGGAAACCAUCAGCAACCUUGCCCAUUCCGCUGCGCAGACGGCAUCCUCGGCUGCCCAAACGGCCACCAAGGCCGUUUGGGGCGAGAGCCAGUCUCACGAGGAACCCGUUUCCGGCAAGAUGGGCAACGUGGCCGCAGGCGAGCCAUAUGAUGCUGGAAACAUUGAAUCCAACGACGCGGCCCUGAAGGCUGGGGAGCAGGAAGAUACGGAGAGGAAGGGCACCGAAGCAUCAGUUAGCGGCACGACGCCGGACAAACCAGCAAGCGGAAUUCCGGGGGCUGGCCCAGCCGCAGCCGCAGCAGCGAUGCCCGGCCCCGAGCUCGGCAAGAAGGCAGAGCCAUCGCACGAACAGAAGCCAGCCACUAUCCCGGGAACCCAAGAGAAGCUUGGCAAAGAGAUGCCUCAUGAGAUGGAGAAGGAGCCCGAAGAGAAACCGCACAAAGAGGAAGCCCGCACGGCGGAGCAGCAGCCUUCCAGCCCCGCUGGCCCGGACAAGAAUGCCCCCUCGGCCAUCUCGAUGCGCGAUGAUUCCACCAAGGCCCAAAACGACACUCGCCCUCCUGCUCCUUCUCCAUCCGAAAAGUCCAACAAACAGGCAACCACCACCGCCGCCGCCGACGUCAUUACCGGCCCCACCGUCAGCAAGCCCGUCCCAGUACGUGACGAGCAGAAGGCGAAGCCCCAAACCCAGGAGGACAACCCGGACAUUGACACCUCUGGUCCCGGCCCUCGCCCGCUCGCAGACAUAGCCCGCGAGCACGGCUGGGAUGCCGGAGCGGCCAAGUCCGAAUCGGCUCCGCAGACUGGGAGUGCGAGCUCAGACCUGGCUCAGCGAGCUGGACAGGAGGAGGAAGGCGUGGAGGGCCACAGAAGAAGGGACAGUGGCAAGAGUCUUGGCGGCGAGGCCGGCGGUGGAGUUGAGGGGACUAAUAAAUUGGCCAUGAAGGGCAAAGGAGUCGGAGGUGAAGAAUACGUGCACUCGAGUGGGCUAAAGGCGGAUGGUGGAGACUUCGACGCUUCCCGACCUGGUGCGGGAAGAGAGGCUGACCGUAAGUUAUUUCUGCUGGAGCAUUUUCUUUUUUGUGCUCCGACGCGUACGUCUCAAGGCGGAGUGAGCGUGAUGUGCUAAUCGACGGUUUAUUAUAGGACUUCUUGACGAAAAGGGAGUGCACCACGGCAAAGAGGUUGGCCAUGGCCAGGAGGGUGAACACAUUGGUAAAGAGAAGCAUAGUCUGAAGGACAAGAUCAAGGCGAAGCUGCACAAGACACACAUGGCGCCGUAAUAGGAUCUGGGUUGGAGGAAGCAAAGGGUCGAGUCUAGCAGUAGAUUGGGCGAUGCGGCUUGACCUGGGUGACGACGGAUUAGGAAGGUCUUGGCGCUGCAGACCUGUGUAAGUGUAAUCGCUGAAUGGGCAUAAAAAGGAUUGUUUAUGCCAUUUCCCGAUUCGGUUACUAGGUUGACUAAGAACAUAGGUAUGUACAAAUUAUCUCCAUUCCUUCCGAGUUCACGAAGUA